AUGGCGGUCAACGGUGUUUCAGGUCACCUUCAGUGGUGGAUGGAGCACCUGAAGGACCUCACUGUCUCUCCUUUGACUCGAGACUAUCCAGAAGUCUCGUCAGAAAAUGCUCAGAAGAGAGCCAUCGAGGCAGUGGAGUCACUGGAGGCCGACAAUAAGACCUAUGAGGCGUUGAGCAGCUUUCCAAAUGAUGUUUCGGUGGAAGCGAUUGUUCUGACGGCACUGAUGGUACUCACAGCGCGGCUUACGGGGGACGAAGAUAUCAGUAUUGGCGCCAAUGCAGGCCCGAAUGGCUCACCGUUCGUGCUACGACUCUUCACCACCAGCUCUGAGACCUUCUUGGCAUUGUCUGGGAAGGUCAGGGAGGCAAUCGGCCAAGCAAAAGACAGGUAUAUCGACCUCAUUGAUCUGCAAGAUCAUCUAAAAGCCUCGGCUCUCUUUCGUUUUGCGGCUUUCAACUCUGGUCCCGAUUCGAUACCAAGUGGCAUACCUGCUGGCACCACAGAUUUGCUGAUAACAUACUCAGUCUCACCAUCGGGCACCUUGAGUCUCUCGGCGAGGUACAACCAGCGUCUAUUUUCAAGCGCCCGAAUUGCCGGCAUUCUAGCGCAACUUCUCACCCUGAUACGGAAUGCUGCUCACGACCAAGAGCAAGCAAUAGGAGCUAUCGACUUCUGCACGCCGGAUCAAGCCGCGCUCCGGCCAGAUCCCAUAUCUGACCUACAGUGGUCUUCUUUCAGGGGCGCCAUCCACGACAUAUUCGCCGAGAAUGCUUCCCGGCAUCCAGAUCGGACAUGUGUCGUUGAGACCAAGUCAGAAGACGGGCCAGAAAGAGUGUUUACUUAUCAGCAAAUCAACGAGGCGUCGAACAUACUCGCCCACCACCUUGUACAAAGCGGUCUGGACAUUGGUGAUGUGGUCAUGAUCUACUCUUAUCGUGGUGUUGAUCUGAUGGUGGCUGUUAUGGGCACUCUGAAGGCUGGUGGCACAUUCUCCGUACUUGACCCGGCAUAUCCACCAGAUCGACAAAACAUCUAUCUCGAAGUCUCGAAGCCGCGUGCUCUGGUCGUCAUAGGACGAGCGACCAAGGAAGCUGGUGAGCUUGAUCAGAAGGUCCGAAGCUACAUCUCCGACAAUCUGGAUCUGCGGACAGAAGUGCCAGAGCUUUACCUGCAUAAUGAUGGCACUCUGACUGGCGGCCAAGUGGACGGAAAGGAUAUAUUCGAAGCAGUCCAGCCAAUGAAGGCCAGAGGCACAGGGGUAGUAGUUGGGCCAGAUUCCACACCGACACUUUCAUUCACCUCUGGAUCUGAGGGCAAGCCCAAGGGCGUCAGAGGCAGACACUACUCCCUCGCUUUCUAUUUCGACUGGAUGGCAAAGACUUUCAACCUCUCGAGCAACGACAAGUUCACCAUGCUGAGCGGCAUUGCCCAUGAUCCUAUCCAGCGGGACAUGUUCACGCCACUGUUUCUCGGCGCACAACUACUGGUGCCUGCAAAGAAUGACAUCCAGAACGAGCGCCUUGCUGAGUGGAUGGCAGAACAUGGCGCGACAGUCACGCACUUGACCCCUGCCAUGGGUCAGAUCCUGGUCGGUGGUGCAGUGGCCAGGUUCGACAAGCUGCAUCAUGCGUUUUUUGUCGGCGACAUUCUGAUCAAGCGAGACUGUAAGUCAUUACAGAGUCUGGCGCCCAACGUCAACAUUGUCAAUAUGUAUGGUACGACAGAAACGCAGCGAGCUGUCAGCUACUACGAGAUACCGUCAAGAAAUCAACGUGAGGGCUUCCUAGAUGGCAUGAAGGAUGUCAUACCGGCCGGUCGUGGUAUGCACAACGUGCAGAUGCUGGUGGUGAAUCGGUUUGACACUACGAAACUUUGUGCCGUUGGCGAGAUUGGUGAGAUCUAUGUUCGAGCUUCAGGUCUGGCCGAGGAAUAUCUCGGUACACCGGAUUUGACUGCUAAGAAAUUCGUCAAGAAUUGGUUUCCUGGGCAUGAGAAGGGCAUCAAGGUAGAUCUGCAGAACUUCGAGAAGUUUAAGUUCGAGCCAUGGGCUAACAAGAAGCUCUACUUCGGUCCAAGAGACCGACUCUACAGAAGCGGAGACCUCGGGCGAUAUACACCGACCGGUGAUGUCGAGUGCUCCGGAAGAGCUGAUGACCAGGUCAAAAUUCGUGGCUUCAGAAUAGAGCUGGGAGAGAUCGAUACACAUCUAUCACAGCACCCGUUGGUCAGGGAGAACGUGACACUCGUGCGGAGGGACAAGUUUGAGGAACAGACAUUGGUCAGCUACAUCGUGCCACAAAUCAAGGCAUGGUUGUCGUUCCUGCGCGAGCGCGGUCUGGAAGAUCAGCAAGAUGAUGGGACACUCGUUGGUCGAUUUGAGCGGUUCCGGCUCCUGCAGCAGGCUGUGACGGAGCAUCUGAAGACGAAGCUACCGGCAUACGCGGUGCCUUCAGUGAUUGUGCCAAUGCGUGCAAUGCCUCUGAAUCCGAACGGCAAGGUUGACAAGCCGAAGCUGCCUUUCCCGGAUACAGCUAUGUUGUCGGCAUCUAGACGGCGGAAGUCCUCGAUGAUGACGCAGCUGACGGACGCUGAGAGGUCUUUAGCCGGAGUGUGGGCUGGACUCGUGCCUGGCUUGCUGCCAAAUACUGUCAAACCAAGCGAGUCGUUCUUUGACAUCGGAGGCGACAGUAUGAAGGCACAGCAGCUGGCAUACAGGAUACGAAGAGACCUGGGGGCUGAUCUUGCUAUCAACAAGAUAUACCGUCAGCCGACACUGAAGGACAUGGCUGCCAUAGUAGACCGACUCAAGUCUUCCGAGUCACUACAUGAAGACGAGAAAGAAGACGAAAAGACCUCAGGUGUUGAGUAUGGCCAAGAUGCGCUUGAAAUGGCGAAAGGUCUGCCUACGUCCUUCCAAACCGCAACAGAGGUCAAGGAGCCAGUGGUUUUCCUGACCGGCGCGACCGGCUUCUUGGGCUCUUUCGUACUGAAGGACUUGCUUUCGCGAAAGUCCCCAGAGAUUAGCAAGGUCAUCCUGCUUGUUCGUGCCAAAGAUGACGACUCGGCCAUGAAUCGCGUCAAGGCCACAUGUGCAGCUUAUGGUGUCUGGGACGAUUCGUGGUCGAACCGCAUCCAGUGUGUCACAGGCAGCCUGGGACCAACAAAGUUCAGUCUAUCGGAUGCUGACUGGGAGGCAGCUACUCAAGCAGAUGUGGUCAUCCACAACGGCGCACAAGUGCACUGGAUCAACACAUACGAUAUGCUCAAGGCUCCGAACGUCCUCGGCACGAUCGAUGCGCUCAAGCUUGUGCUGGAUCACGACGCCUUCGUAAUGGAGUCCGAGCGCGCCAUAGCCGCCGGCGGCGAAGGCAUCUCAGAAGAAGAUGACCUCUCCCGCAGCAGCACCGGCCUUGGAACAGGCUACGGCCAGUCCAAAUGGGUAUCAGAAUACCUCUCCCGCGAAGCCGGCCGUCGCGGCCUCUCCGGCUGCGUAGUGCGCCCGGGCUACGUCCUCGGCGACUCCCAAACCGGCGUCACCAACACCGACGACUUCCUCAUCCGCAUGCUCAAAGGCUGUAUCCAGCUCGGCACGCGGCCCAAUAUCAACAACACAGUCAACAUGGUCCCAGUGAACCACGUCGCACGUACAGUCGUCGCAUGUGCGUUCCACCCGCCCACACUCGGCGUCGGCGUUGCACAGAUCACAGGCCAUCCACGACUGCGCUUCAACCAGUACCUCGCUGCGCUCCAAACCUACGGCUAUGACGCGAAGCUCUCGGACUACGUCCCCUGGGCAUCCUCCCUCGAGCACUACGUCUCAACGCACUCGGACUUCGCGCUAAUGCCGCUGUUCACCUUUGUCGCAAACGACCUGCCCUCGAACACCCGUGCGCCGGAGCUGGAUGACAGUAACGCUGAGGCGGCGCUGUAUGCGGAUAGGGAGUGGACCGGGGAGGAUGUGAGUGCCGGGAGUGGAGUGACGAAGACGACGGUUGGAUUGUAUCUGAGCUAUCUUGUGGAGACAGGGUUCUUGCCAGGGCCGACGGCGGAGGUCAAGGGGGUGGUGAAGAAGCUGCCGCGGGUGGAGGUUGGGGAGGCGCAGAGGAGGGCGUUGGGGAGUGUGGGCGGGAGAGGAGGGACGGCGUAA